UCCUUCAUAGGGCUCACAUACUAAAUAACUAGCGUUAGUCCCAGCAGUUUUUAGUACCAUAACAUUAUUAAUACGCCGUAAUAAUAUGCCGUAUAAUUAAAGCAAGUUAUUAUAAAAUAAUAUUAAUUUCAAAAUAGUUGAAAAGUCAUAAUUUUUACAUAUCGAAACAGUGUAUGUAUGUGUAAAUGUGUGAAAUUGAUAAAAGUUCGUGCUUCAGAAGAAGUUUGAAAAUUUGCAAAGAACGUAUCGCGGUACAAGAUGAUCCAUAAGACUAUAAUGUGUUACAUAUAGUCAUGUUGCGAAAUCCCAUCAAGUUAAAGCUUCAUCGCAAGAAGUGUCUUUCACAAAGUCGUUCGAAAAAUUUGUUAGACGACAAGACGAAUAUUGAACAAAUAAAAACGUCAUCUGCUGUUUGUAAAGAAGAAUAUUUAACUAAUAGAAAUCUAUCGAUCAUGACUGAUACGCAGCUCGAAUCGGAUGUCGUAGACAACGUUCGUCUGCGACAAAAGAAACACAUUAAUGCCAGAACAUCGAAUUCAUCCUCUAGUACAGAUUCGCAAAAUUCAUAUAUUUUGAUAGCGUCUGAAGAAGUACCUGUGGUAUUAGAAGAUACUAACUGGGAAUACGUGGGCUAUUGUGAUAUCACUGAAUCUGUGCAAAGUAAUAGUACUAAGAAAAAGUACUGUAGCCCUAAAUGUAGUAGCGCUUGGUUUCUAAAAAUUCGACGCGAGAUUAUGAAGAAUUGCCGCAAUAAAAUUCAUCCUCUAAUGAUGAAUAGCCCUGCUACGUGCGUCGCGUGCAGGCGUGCGCGACGCUCUUGCGCAGCACGUGUAUGUGGUGGAUUUCCUGCAGGCACCGAACCUGAACGCAGUAGGGUUCACGACUCCGUGAUUCGAUACGCCUUUUGUGCCUAUUCUCUGGAAAACAAUACCUUCAACUUGUCGGAUAAGAACAUGAGACUUUCAAUGGCGCAACGUGUCGAAUAAUCAUUUCGGUUUUCUUUCUAUACCUACGA